UCCAAAAUGCACAAAGCAAGAAGCAAAUAGCCUUCAGGAAUUUCAGACUAGGUUCUUUUCUGGCAGAGAGGUUCUAUCCCUUCCCUGCUCUCGUGUUCGCGUGGGUGUCCCUUGGAAAGUUUGGCAUUGAUGUUAAGAUGCUGGCAAUGAUUUCUACACAUUUACUGAAAAGAAAACAAAAAACACGUCUAAAAACCUAGCUUAUUUUCUAGCCCCUAUAUGCCUCCAUUUAAAAACCGAGAGAACCAAAGGACUCUUUUUAUGCCGUUCCCAGGGGCUGUCCCGGAGCUCUCCGUGCGGGCAGGACGCGUCCGCCGGUGCCGGUCCCGCCCCCGAGCUGCGCUCCCGCCGCGGGGCUGAGCGGCGGUGCCGGCCGCCAAUGGAGCGCGGGCGGCGGGCGCGCUUCCCCCGCCCCGGCGGCGCGCACGGGGGCGCGGCCCCGGCGCAUGGAGGCGAUGCCCUGCCAGAACCAGCGCCUCGGCCCGCGGCCGCAGGAUGAGCCUCCCGCAUCCGCCACGACCACGGCGAGCGGCGGAUCCCGGCUGAUCCGCUUCGCCGAGCCCAGCGAAGAUAGCGGCUGCCCCAGCCCGGACAGCAGCAGCACCAGCAGCAGCAAUGGGGUGGUGGCGGCGGCGCCGGUCCCCGCCGGGGAGGGCUGCGCGCCGGCCAUCGGGCCGCAGCUGAAGCUGCUGCCCAUGAACGACCAGCUGCGGGAGCUGCAGACCAUCAUCAGGGACAAGAAAUCCAGUAGAGGAGACUUCGUAUUUUCUGCUGAUCGUCUGAUCAGACUCGUGGUUGAAGAGGGACUGAAUCAACUGCCCUACACAGAAUGUACCGUGACCACUCCAACAGGACACAAGUAUGAAGGAGUCCGAUUUGAAAAGGGAAACUGUGGGGUCAGCAUCAUGAGAAGUGGGGAGGCCAUGGAGCAGGGCCUGCGGGACUGCUGCAGAUCCAUCCGCAUCGGGAAAAUCCUGAUCCAGAGCGACGAGGAGACCCAGAGAGCCAAGGUGUACUACGCCAAGUUCCCCCCAGACAUCUACAGGAGGAAAGUGCUGCUCAUGUACCCGAUCCUGAGUACUGGGAACACAGUCAUUGAGGCCGUCAAAGUGCUCGUGGAACACGGGGUCCAGCCCAGCGUCAUCAUCCUGCUCAGCCUCUUCUCCACACCUCACGGUGCCAAAUCCAUCAUCCAGGAAUUCCCAGAAAUCACCAUUUUAACUACAGAAGUGCAUCCUGUUGCACCAACACACUUUGGACAGAAGUACUUUGGGACAGACUGACAGUCCUGGAGCAACUGGAUAUGACUCUAAGGCAUUACAAGAGGUUUUUUUUUAUAUUUUAUUACUGUUGAGUUGGCCAAGGGCAUGUUUAAAAACCUUUUUGGCCAACUAACUUAGGGUAGUGCUGGCCUGAACAGGGAUCAGGUACAGUGACAAAGCACUCUGGUUCCACCGACAAGCAUCUCCAUGUUGGGGUUCUAUAAUUGCCACACUCUGCUUUAACCUAUUUAUUCUUCUCCAGCCUGCCUGUGGCCACCUGCAAGAGCAAAAUAAACCCAACUA